AUGUUCAAUGUACCGAACGAUUAUUUUAUAUCAUCACCGUCGUCACCUAGUCUAAUAUUUAAUCAUCAACAUCAUAAUACACAUUAUCAUCCAUAUAAUCGUAUAUCAACAUCUUAUUAUUCAACACAUGAGUUUGAAACACAUACAUAUGAUGAUAAUCAUACAAUACAAAAUUAUAAUCAUAAUAUAACAUGGAAUGAAAAUGAUUUAGGAAUAGGAGGACAAACAGGUGCUCCUCGUGGUUUUAAACGACGUGUAUCAGCUAAUAAAAAAGAACGUCGUCGUACACAAUCUAUAAAUACAGCUUUUUCUGAUCUUCGUACAGCCAUACCAAAUGUUCAACCAGAUACAAAAUUAUCAAAAAUUAAAACACUUAAAUUAGCAACAAAAUAUAUUGAAUUUUUAAUGGAUAUAUUAUCUAAAGAUGAUUCAACUACUAUGCCAAAUACAUUCAAAGCUGAAAUUAUUAAAACACGUCGAGAUCAUCGAGAUUUAAUGAAAUUUGAUAAUUCAUCAUCAACACGUAAAUUUAAAGGACGAACAGGUUGGCCACAAACUGUUUGGCAAUCAGAAUUAAAUCGUCAUGAAACUUUUCAUCAACAUGAUAAUAAACUAUAA